AUGACAGAGAAACCUGCCGCUACCACAACUGCAACCGCCACAACUGCAACUCCCGGACCGUUCCACUCGCUCAGGGAAUUCUACCCCUACUACCUCUCCGAGCACUCAAACAACAUCUGCAGACGCCUCCAUUUCACAGGAACCAGCCUGGUGGUGGCGAUAAUCAUCUACGCCCUGUCCACCGGCAAAUACAAGUUUCUGCUGGGACUGGGACCAGCAGGAUACGGCUUUGCAUGGGUCGGCCAUUUCUUUUUCGAAAAGAACAAGCCUGCCACGUUCAAGUACCCGCUUUAUUCCCUCAUUAGCGACUUCAUCAUGUACAAGGACAUGUGGAUGGGCAAAGUCUCCUUCUAA